GUUUACUAAUUGGCGGUGAAGCGGUUUUAUACAUCCGAUAAAACGUAGACCUCGUUUUACUCUUUUAUUUAAAUCAUUAUAUUUCUUUAAUAACGCUUCAACAAAGAAAACAUAGAUACUUCAGAGUAACUAAACGUUAUUUUAACUUUCUGUACUGAAUAAAUGUUGGACUUAAGAACUCUUUAAAAAGUAGUAUGUUGUUACCUGGCGGAUGAGCAUCAUAGAGAGCAGUAAAGUGAAAGUAAAGUGACGGGUGGAAUACGGUAGGAACAUACAGAAUAACUAAAUUUAUACACAAAAGAGACCGUCAGGCAGAAUUUUCUGUAUACCAGUAACAAGUUGACAUGAAGACAAAAGGAAGGCUUGCUGGCAUAAUACUGUGCCAUCUUGUUACCAUAGCAACAUUUGUAGAGGGAGAUCUUUAUUUACACUCUCCAAGAGGAUCUAACAACAGACUCAAUGAAAAGUCGGCAAACAGAGCAAAUGCCAACAGAUUGUUUGAUUCCCAGAACAAUAAUAGAGGUGGUUACAAUAUUGGUGAUUUGACAGAUGUGCCAGCUGGGAACAAUGCUGCUAAACAGUAUAAUAUGCAUUAUUUCCAAAGUGGACCAUCUGCAAACAAAGCGACGGGUGAGGGGGGUACCCAGUUGGUGAUGGAAUGGACCAACCAACACGGAUGUGGGGGUAACGAGGACACUGAUCCUCAAAAACAAAACUGUAAUAUGGUGCUGCAGUUCAUGUGUGAAGAUGCCAAAGAAAAUAUACCAGCAUUGAAGGAACAAAUGAGAGAUGGUACAUCAACAAGUACAAUGGAGUACACGAAACCUGCAAGUAUGAAGGAGACAAAAGCACAAGUCAACACAAGGAAAAAUGGGGCUCUCGACACGUCAAGAGGGCUGCAGGAAUCAUGGGAAAUGUAUGACGAUUGCUACAUGAGGGAACGGAACCUUGGACUGUUUACUGCUGAUCAGAAUGUGAAGAAGAAUAAGUUUGGCUACAGUAGUGCUGCAUUCACUAGGCAGAAUCCAAAUGGCAAUCGACGUGGUUACGAGUGUCCGGAAGAAAGGGACUACUUUCCUUAUUGGCAUCCUACACAGUGGAAGGAUAUUGCAGUUCUAGCUGAAAAUAGUUCCAUGUGCAGUCACUACCAGGGAAAGAGUUUUAACAUACAGCCUUACCACAGAUGUGUGGAGUCUUGGUCCAAGGGCAACCCAAAACACUGGUCUAGAUGGAACAAUGAAAAACAGUGUACAGACAAUGGUGGACAGUGGAUUCUUUUUCAUAACUACCUUGAGAAGGCCCCAGCUUAUAACACUGAAGCAAAAUGUACAUCUGCUAGCAAUGGUUACGUGAAAUAUAUCUGGGCAGUGCCAUAUGAUGCAGAAGAUGUCACUAAGAAACAGUGUCUGGUUGCCUUGGAAACACCAGAUUGUUAUGAAGCUCCCUGGUCAAGAUCAAACCAUCUGGGUAAUGGUCGAGGCAAUGGACAACCCCUGACGUACACAUGGACUCUUCCAUAUUUCCCAUCAGGCCAUGAGCAUAAAUGUGUCUUCAGAAUGAGAUACAACAUUUCUACAGAUGACUAUGACCCUUAUAAUACAAAUGCCAGUCAAAAUGAAAACAAACGCAAGAAUAUCGUAUCACCUGUGCAAGAUAACAAACAGGUAGAUGUAGGAGGUCCUGCAAAACUACAGAUGGCGCUAAACACUGACCAGACAGGGAGGAUAUUUCAGGACAGAACACACUUAUUUAGACUCAUGCCACGCCCAAAAGGCCUGGAGAAUGAGCGAAUAUACAAUCUAAAUGUGCGUGGUAAGAGAGGUAACAUCGUACAGGUGUACCCGGCAGUAGAAUAUGACUUCACACCAAACCAUUUACAUAUAUCACCCACAGAUUUGGUACAUAUACAGUGGACAGGUUCAAACACACACAACAAUGGUAAUCCAGCUGGUGAUGGACAGGCAGGCAAUGAUGGUGAAGGCAAGGAGGGUUCUGACAGAAACAAUAUGGCUGAGAUUGGUGACCUGAAUGAUAAUUUUCCGUUACCAUACGAGCAGACAACAAUGUGGAAAAAUGCUGAUGUCAUCUGGAUGUAUCAUGGGAAAACGGACAUCUCUUCAAAGGAUCUGGCUCUUAACAUUGCUUCUGCAGGGUAUUAUAGAUGUUUUAAGAAAUCUUCUUGUCCGGAGACACAGCACAAGGACUUCAUUGUGGAAACCAAGACAACACCACUUCAGAACCAGUUAAACAAUGCCCCGGCUUCAUACCAGGGAGCAGUCCUUAGAUUCAAGAAGGGGAUCUAUUAUUAUAUGAAUACAAGAAAUAAUAAUUUUACAAAUAGGUCACAGAAAGGAACAAUUCAUGUUUCAUGAUUAUUCACUUCUGAUGUAAUAAAUAGUCAUCAGUAUGCUGUAAUGAUAAUUAUCUUAUGAUAUUAAGAAAUUGAACCGGUAAUGGCACUCAGCAAUUUUCGAGUGAUUACAUAAUCCCUUUAUCUUGCUUAUGAGAUAUUCUUUGGCAGUGAAUAUAGCUCAGACAAGUUAGAUUGAAAAUUCCACAAAAAUCAGAUAUGAAAAAUGCCUACCGGAAAUCAAAAGGAAAUUUUCAGUUGUCAGUUCAUGCCUACUACAUUCUUAAAAAAACACAGUAAAGUCUUCCAGAUUUAAGCCAAAUAUUUCAGAAUUAAGAAAGUAUUUUCAUUUGAUAUAAAAAGUUAGAACAAAGUUAUUCAGUGUGUUGUAGACAGUAUUCAUUUAUAAGAAAAACUUUUUUGUAGUCUGUAACACGGGUAGAAAAGUGUUGUACCAUGUUAGUCACUCAGUAAAUCAGUAGCUUUGCUGUACUUCAAACCAUAAACUAUACAUAUAGAUCAAGGUUGCUUAUUUUUGAUACUCUGCAGUUUUGUUUUAAAAACUUUGAUAUUGUGUUAUUAUCUUAUCAGAGGCCAUCACUGUGAAGGUAGCAGAUAGUUUUUCGAACAUCUGAAAAUGUAUUUUAUAUAUAUAGUUAUUAGGGAUGGCAACGAGUAGCAUUUUUGGUAUUUGAAUAUUUGGUCAACUUUCUGAACGAAUAUUUGUAUAUUUGGUUAUCAACUGAUCAGCAGAUCAACUCAAAAUCUUAUGUGUUUAUCAUGCACUAAUCAGCGACCUGCUUUAAUUCUACUUUCAUUUACACAUAGAAAAAAAUACGCUAUUUUAACGAUCAGAUUACCUUAUUGAUUAUGCAUAUUUGCGAUUACUGGUGUAUUUAAUAGGUAUAAAAUUUAGUAAUCGCCAAAGUAACGGCAGCAUAUUUGAUCUGUUUUUAGCUCUUUAGCUCUUUAAUGAAAUGAACACUCUUAAUUCAACAGAUGUUUCAUUAAAAAUCAGAACAACCUUUUAUGUAAAGUAAAAUAUGAACUUUUGUUGUGUGUUGACUUUAGCCUGCUGGCAGAAAAUGAUUCUGCCUUUGCAACCAGUGCAGAUCAAGAUAGCCUGCACAUCCGUGCAGUCUUACAAAGCCAAAUAAAUAUUGUAACUUGUAAGGAAGUAUCUACAUUCCUGUAUGAACUAGAAGUGGACCAUAUGUAAUGUAUGUUAUUGUUUACUCAGGGUAAAAAGUGCUUCUAAAAUGUCUGUGCAGUUAAUCAGUUUUUGCUCUGAGGCGGAAAAUUAUUAUGAAUUUGAUAGGUAAAUGAUCUUGAAGUGUUACGCUUUUAACCUUCUUAACUUUAUACUGGCAUGUUUAGAUUUUAUUGCAUAUUUCUGAACAAAUUACAGAGUGAAAAAAAUAGCAAAUAUUUUUUACACUGGUACAGGAAUAUAAAAUGGGUAAUAUCUGGUACAAACCAUUGAAAAAAAACAUCAAUUUUUUUCAGAUAUUUUGAAUAGCUGCCCUGCCAUUUGUGAUUGUUGUAUUUGGUGUUCACUCAGUGAAAGAUAUUUCAGUCUUACACCGAAACAAAGAAAAUAUCCUCUAUUUAUUUCACAGUUAUUGAUAUCAGCUUUAAGACUUAACAGUACAUCUUCUGCAGACCAACACUGCAGGAAACACUGAAGUGUGUUUGUUGAACAGAGGUUGUUGCUCUGCAGAGGUUAAUAGUUGAAGCUGCCAUAGCAGCUACUUGUAUUUAAGGAACCACCUGUCUUACACAGCCAGUCAGCUUCCUUCCCAAAUUAACAUUUUUUUACCUGCAUUAAGCAGCCACUUGCCUGAAGCAGCCACAUUGUGUAACCCCAUAGACUGGUAGCUUAAUACAGGUUUGACUACUUAUAAUGAAAAUAGUUUAAUGGGAAAGAAAAUAUGUGCCGUUUAAAUAAGGUAGUUGCUCCUCAGAGGUGUUAGCAAGAGGAUACAUUGUAUUCUAAAAAAAAUACAGAAUUUCAUAUCAUUUUAUGAGAAAGUACACUUCCUAUGAUGUGGUUAGUAGCCCAGCUUAGCUUAACAAAUGUAAAGUUAUUCUUUCUAACAGGAAUUACUAAGUGGCAUAUCAAUGUAUUAUCAGGAAAUAGUUUGUAAUUUGAUAAAUAUGUAUUAUUUUGUUAUUUUUCUUUUUCAUUGCAAUUAUUUUUUUGCAAUUUUUAUUUUUAAUGAUUUAAAAGUGCCAUAUUAAUGUUCAGAACUACUCAAAUGCUCAUUGCCUUUACAUAAAAUACAGAUGGGUCAUCCUAUUUAAAAGGGCCGUAUGCUUUAAUUGUUUUUAGCUUGUCAGAUAAUGAUUUCUUAUGGUGACUCAUAUAUAUAUUGUGGUGUUUCUUUAUUUGGCAUAAUAAGAUUUGAUCAGUCAAUGCAACAACAAUAUUUCCCAGAUACCGGAUGUUAUAACAUGCAUAUUUAUACAUUGUAUUAAUGUUUAUUUAUGAUCAAAGUGUUUGUGCCUCUCAAAUUUUUAGGCCCACAAAGGGAAAUAACUUUUGCAGACAUGCUUGUAAACUUUGAUCAGAACUUGCCAUGUUACAUAAGGAAUGCAUGAUUUUAUGACUCUAUUCAUUUCAGAUUUUAGUAUAGCCAUUUAACAUUGGAAAAUUACACAAACACGUAAUAAAUGUUUAAUUGUGCAUUCUCUGUUUGUGUGGUAUGAGUUUUACAAUGCUUAUACUUAGAUGUCUUGCCAUUCUUUAAAGGUAUUUGUUCACACUUUGGAAGAGAGUUUUUGAUAUCUACCUACCAGGUAUUUUUAAAACUUUAUUUUUGAAUUAGAUAUGAAAAUAAUAUAUUAUUAUCUGGCAAUUUGAGCUAUUGCAAAAUAAAAAGAAAACUGAUAUCAGAUAAUUUUAAAAACACAUUUUGAUUUAGUUUAACAAUUUAGAAUUAUUUUGGAUUCUUUUCUAAUUUAAAAAUAUUAUUUUCACAUUUUAGCAUUUUGCAGAACUGUUUGCAAAAUGUUUCUACUCUGGAGCAGCUGCUAAAAGACAGUUUGUAAUAGAAUGCAUGAGUACCUUAAGUUUUAUCCUAAAAUGGGAAACCAAAACCUUUACCCUAAAAAGUGUGAGUUUUAUCUUAAAAUGUGAAUAAAAAGAUAAAUCCUAAAAUGUGUGAAUGAAUAGUUUAUGCUAAAAAGUGUGAACAAAUUUCUUUGAUCAUAAGUUAUGGAUGUUUGUUUUUUGUUUAUAAUCUUUUUACUGUAUAUCUUCAUAUAAGGUUUCUGCUGGUUCAGAAAUUAUGCAUUAAUUAUGUCUCUCACCACACAGUGGUGUGGGAGACAUAUCGAUUUACUCCCCUGUGAGUCUGUCACAAAUCUUGUCCGUACUCUAAGUCAAACAUUUCUUAUCCGAUCUUCAUCAAACUUGAACAAAAUAUGUUUGCCAGUAAGUCCUCAGCCAAGUUCGAUAAUUAGCCAAAUCGGCCAAGGCACUUCGGAAUUAUGGCCCUUGAAACUUGGUUUUUGAUAAUCAAAGCACUGAAAAUCUGAUAGGGCAGUUGAGGUCUUGGUGCAUGGUUGACUGUUAUACUACUAUUCAGAUGAUUAGGCAGUUGUGGGAGACAUGCGCUUUUCUCAAAAGUAGCUCUAGUUAAAUGUUGUCUCAGUCUUUUGUUUAUGUGUCUGUUCUAUAUAAUUGGGCCGAUUUAGGCUUAUGACUUUAAAUGCUCAUAAUUUGUAAGUUAUUGCGAUAUCUUAAAUAUAAUAAAAGCUAUUUACCAA